GUACAACCGUUAAACCUGUCAUGAAACGUUUUUAAAUAUAUAUAUGUGUAUAUAUAUUUUUUUUUAAAAAAAUUUGACACUUUUUAAACGGUCUCUUAAUGACCUUGGCAGCCUUUCUUGCCCAUUAUAGCCAUCUUCACAUGAAACGAACAUUUUAGAAUAUGUUUAUUUGAAUUGAAUUUAUAUAUCUCGCUAUUUUACCUGUUUAUUUCCAAAAUAUAGACAUAAUCAAUAUAAAGAAUUUCCAACUUAACGUGAAGCAAAAUAAUGACGUCAGUAGUUUACACUAUGUGGAAAAGCAGGUGAAUGCGGUUGCUAAGCAACCCUUUAAAAAAACAACAUGGCGGACAGACCAAGACCCGCGUCUCAGGGGGCCAAAAAACCUCAGAGCUCCAGUUCUCAGAGACCUCCAUCUGCAACGAGACCUACAAACCGUCCGGCUUCUGCUCCAGCGAAGAAGCCAGCUCAGAUGGACCUGCUGGCUAAAGAAGAGGAAUACAAGAGACUUAACGCAGAACUGGAGGCUAAAACAGCCGAGCUGGUGCGGCAAGCGGAGGAGGUUAUGCGAGAACAAAACGAGGUGCUGUCGAAACCCAUCUCAACCCACCUGAGCCUCGAAUUUGCAGACGACUCCGAGGAAUUUGGGGAUUCCCUCGUGCACUCAGUAAGACAGUCUACAGCAAAGGCAGUGAUGGGGAAAAGGUCUUUAAAAGCAGGAAAGCUGAACAGACCUCCAUCAGCUCCCAGAAAGACCGCACAAAAAAAGACACCAACAGUCGUGGAUGACGUUGCCGUGCCGGAGGAUUUUACAGAUUUCUCGCUGGCUAAGACUAUAAGCAACAUGGAGCGUAGAGUAAACGAUGAUGUCACAGGCGAGCAGCCGGAGGACGAUGUCAUGCCGAGUGCCGGCGAAGAGAUGGGUGCAGAGGCUCAGAUUCGCUUCUUGAAGGCCAAACUCCGAGUGAUGCAGGAAGAGUUAAACAGACUCUCACACGAAUGCGACAAGAAGGACGAGGAGAAUGGAGAGUUGAGCAGUAAGCUGAAGGAGGUGGAGGAGGAUCGAGUCAGACUGCAGAGGACCACCAGCGCGCUGCAGACGCAGUCGGAGAAGCACCGAGCGCUGGCGGAAGACGCUAACAGGAACUGUGACGGCCUGCGCCAUCAAGUCACCGCGUUACAGAAGGAGGUGGAGGGAAUGAAAAGGGCUCAGAAGCAGGCGUCCAGCAGCCACAGUGCCACAGAGGUGAGACUGAACCGAGCUCUGGAGGAGGCCGAGCGGUGCAAAGCUGAACUCAACAAGCUCAAACAAAGCAGCAAGGACUCUGCGAAUCAGGAGCAGCAGAGGAUCGACGCUUUACAGGCCGAGAACAAAAAGCUGGAGAGACAGAAAGCCGACCUCCUCACAGGCUUUAAAAAGCAGCUCAAGCUUAUUGAUGUUUUAAAAAGACAAAAGAUGCACUUCGAGGCCGCGAGGUUGAUGUCCUUUACCGAGGAGGAGUUCACGAAGGCUUUGGACUGGGGAAAAUCGUAACGCGUACACGUCAUCGUGCGUUUCACCCUAACCCUAACUCCUCAUCUGAGCUGUCAAAGACUCCAUUGUUCAACAUGUCCGAACUGUAAAUGUAAUCUUUCUCUUCUCGUCCGUUUUUAUAGUCGAUUAAAAUUACAGUCUGAUUCAUAA